UUAAUUAACAGCUUCGAUCACACUGUUUGCUGUGUCCUGACAUGCGCACAAGCUAGACACAGGUGAAGCAGGGUAUUUUUAAUUACCAGUGCACCUUUUGUCUUUUGAAACGGUCUUUAAAUAUUGUAAUUGAGCUGGCGUGUUAACAGGACUGAACGUUAUUCAGCACGGGCUUGUUUUAACUUACUUAAUAUAAUGACAGUUUGUGGACUUCCAAGAGUCCAGACAAUAGUUUAGCAAAACAUUCUUCACUAGCAGUGCAGUUUGGCCUGCACUGUUUGCCUAUCACCUCAGCUGUAACAUUACUUCACCUUAAGCUGUAAACGAAUUUAGCUUGCUAACAUCUAAACGGCUUCCUAAUGCUUUAACUUUUGUCUUCAUAUGUAGAAGAAUGCCAACAGUAGACUAUUAGCCAGUAAACAUGUUAGCAGGGGCACUAAAUGAAAAGUCAGGGGAUCAAUGACUGAAGCAUACCGUAUCCAACAGUUCCGUUGAACAUCAACUAAUGGAUGGACUGGCCGACAAAUUACAUUAUCUUUGACGAUGGAGGGGUAAGGUGGCUCGGAGGCAAAUUGAAUCCACAAACCAGUUAGAUUACUUCCUGUUUAUGAUCAGUUCUGCCGGGCCAUUUCCGACUCAAAGACCAUUAGUUUAGGCAAAGCAGAGCAGGUCAUAAGUCAGCCCUGUGUGAGGAGACGACACCGCCGCAGACAUUCUGACAUGUCUCGUUCUACGUAUUCUAAAGCUAAAUCAACUUAAUGAUAUGAGUUUUCCAACAGAGAAUGGUAAUGCGAGAAAUAUUCCUUUAUCUUUUGCUUGGUCAUCUUCAAGCUGCCGUUGGCUCUGUCUGUGUUCCUGUCCAGUGUCUGAAAUGUAAUGUCACAGAACUGCGUAAGUCAGGAUGCAUUAAUGGAACUUUUCCAUCAAACUGCACAAAAGACUUUGAGGUUUCUGUAAACAGCACUCAACCCCAGCCACAGGAGGGUGAUGAUGUCACUCUAACGUGUGUGAAUAACCUCUCAGAUAUGAUCCUGGCGUUUAAGUGGAAGAAGGACGGUGAAGAAAUGGCUGGCCAAAAUAAUAGCAUACUGGUUCUCCAAAAGGUGUUUGCAUCUCACCAAGGCCAGUACAUCUGCAUUGUGAAUAGCACAUGUGGCAAUUACACGUCUCUGCCAUACAUACUCACUGUACACAGCAACAGUGUGGUGCUCCUGUUGGUUUGUGGUGUUGGCGCUCUGGUCCUGGUCUUGUCAAUGGGGCUGGCUAUGAAGAUCAAGCUGAAAAGAGACACCGACAAACACAAAGAAAGGAUGAAUCAGAGGUUACAGGCCGGGCAGAGGGGCGGUCCGGCUCCGCUCACACCAAGAAGGUCCUAAAUAAGAACCGGUCUAUCACCUUGAAAAAUAAUAAAUACUAAUAGUGUUUCAUAAUUUGCUGUUGUAGAAUUUGCUGUAGAAAUAAAAACCUCCUUUUAUCCCUGUCUUUGAGGUGAGUGUAUGUGAUCAGAUGAGGUUACAAGCUUAUGCAUAGGCAUUUCCAGACCAUUAUUCACCAAAGUUUUCAUGGUGACCAUGCCAAAUGACGAGAAAGCCUGUUCAAUUAAGGAAAAGAGCCUAGAAAUGUUUUUAAUCCAGACACGGGACAGGCAUGCUCACAAUAAUCCCGCUGAAUGCUCUACUCACAGGAACACACUACAGACAACCCCCACAGAGCAGCUUUAUAGCGGCUUGCAUGUAAUGGAUAUAUGGAGUGAUAAUGCUAUCCACUCCUCUCCAAGAGAGGGAUGGGUGUGAGAUUUGAGUUGACUUAUGAACACAGAAAUAAUAAACUCCCUGCUUUAACAUGAUAUAAUCCUUUGAAGUUUAUGUGUUAAGCCCUUUCCACACUGACAGUCUUAUUUCUGCCCAGCAUGUCUUUGUUUUUCUGCAGUAAAGUAUUCCCCCCCCCCCCCAGGUAUUUGGCAAAACUGUUUUCUGUUUUCUGCUUAUAAUAUGCAUGUCAGGAAAGACUGUUUAUUCAGUUUCCUCCUAUAGCAGGUGGCUAAGGGAUAAUCCAGGUAAAGCCACUGCAAAGUGGAGACGGAGGGAUGGACAGAGGAAAGGGGGAGGGUGGAUGGGAUGGCCUUUGCAUGGAUGACUAGGGCUAAUUCUGGCCUCCUAAUCCCAGUCCCAUCCACCCUCCCCCUCUUCCUGCUUGCUAACUCCCCCAGCAUCAGUGAGGAACAAUUUGACGCCCAGGUAGACAUUACUAUCACAUACACACAUACUACUCAUCCCACCCAAGUUUAUAGAGGAGGAAGAGGGGGAAAAGACAGAGGCUCUGGAUAGCUAACCUCGUUGAUAGCUAACACACCUGUGGGAGCUUCACUGGAGAAUGUAGCUGCAGCCCUUCAGCCAAGCCACAGGAAACGCCACCAUGGGAGAAGCUCAAAAGGGCUUACUCUCUGUCAUUGAGAAACUGAAGGGAUCCACAGAGCAGGAGGUCAGGAUAGUGCUUCUGGGGUUGGACAAUGCCGGCAAGACCACCCUGCUAAAGAGCCUCGCCUCUGAGGAUGUGAACACCAUCACACCAACACAGGGCUUCAACAUAAAGAGUGUCGCCUCUCAUGGCAUGAAACUCAAUGUUUGGGACAUUGGAGGACAGAGGAAGAUCAGGACCUUCUGGAAAAAGUACCUGGAAAACACAGACCUGUUGAUUUAUGUUAUUGACAGUGCAGACAAGAAGCGGUUUGAGGAGACAGGACUGGAGCUGUCCGAGCUGAUUGACGAGGAGAAUCUAAAGGGUGUUCCAGUGCUCAUCUUUGCCAAUAAGCAGGAUCUGGCCACAGCAUCACCGGCCAGUGAGAUCGCUGAGGGACUCAACCUACAUACAUACCGGGAUCGUGAGUGGCAGAUUCAGGCCUGCUCAGCUGUGUCGGGAGAGGGAGUUCAGGAUGGCAUGAAUUGGAUUUGCAACAACAUUGUGAAUAAGAAGAAGUGAACCAGCAUCCCAAGCAACACCGACUAGAGUCUGAGAACCAGCAUCACAUAAGGGAUUUAAAGAAAUAUUUCAUUUAAUAUGACCUGAGAUCCUGCCCCCCUGACAGAUUUGAAUAAUUCUGUUUUUACAGUGUAUGUAAUUUUUAUGUUAUGUUUUAUGUUGCUAAUGUAACUAAUUUAAAGAAGGCUACAAUAAGUGUAUUAGGCCCCUUGUUACUCAUUGUCCUAUCCUAAAAAUGUAUGUUUUUGUUCCCAUUAUACCGAGGAUCUUUUUCUGGUCAAUCUGUGUGCUUUCUUAAAGACCAAGUUGAGUGUGUAGCGAUGUAGAACUGUUCAGUUCAGUGUGAGUGUAAAGUAUGUGUUUUGAGAUUUUUGACAAUAAAAUAAUUAGUCUAA